AUGCGGAGGGUAACCCAGUGUGCGCCCGUUAAUUCCGAGAAAUAUGCUACGUCGUGGAAGGAUAAUGUGACGGAAAAUUACGUCAGGACGUCAAAUACCAGUGUGAAGUACUAUGAAUUUGGGAAGAGUAUCCGGGGCUGCGAAGGAGUUCUAGAAAAUGACACUACACCCACGACAACUUUCUGUGUCACACAGUACCAGAAGGACAACUUUCUUGACGCGUACACUCUGCUAGCAAACACUGCGUACUACAACAACAAGAGUAUCACCGCGAGCGAUUUCGAACCCAUCCCGGACUUCCAAGUUCCCGACGCCGACGUAACCUUGAUCCAGCUUUUCCGCAAAGUGAGGUACACAGAUCGCGUUGAGGAUCCUCUGUUCAAUGCAACAAACCUGUCUUCAAGCUUCAAGCAAUACUUCGUCCCAUCAAAUGAUCUAGCGGUGCUAGGUUGCACCGAACAAUACCAGUUUUGCAACAUUGGCACAAAGAAAUGUACCCAAUUGACUGGGUUAUAUGAGGCCAAACAUGCUAUCAAUAACGGUGAUCUGGCCUUAACCCCACGCCAGGACGCCGUGUACAAAGUCAUGUGGAAGGCGGCGUGGACUAUGGCGCUACAAUGGUCGACGGAAAUUUACGGAAACAACUUGCUUUUAGCCAGAGACUGGCAAUUCACUACAAAGUCCUCUACCAGCUCCCCACUUCCUCCAAACCAGUGGCAACUGGAAUCCUGGAAUUUACACAACCUUUCGCUUGCCGUCUUCCAGCGUCGGGUCAACGAGUUUGCUGCGCCAGAAGACUUCGAGAUCAGGCCGGGCCUCAGUUCUCUCAAAAUGAUCAAUCAGCCAACCGACAACAUGCGUGAGAUAUGUAGCCAGCAGAAAGUCCGCAGCAGCGAACACCAUGCCGUUAGUGUCCUCGGCAUGGCCAUUAUCCUCGUAGUCGGCUCCGUCCUCAUCCUCCUCGAUUGGGUCAUUGUGCAGCAAGUCUUCUGGUUCCGAUCCUUAACAACGCACCAUCGCUUCGCGAAGAAGAACGACUGGAUCAAUUCCGGAACACUACAACUGCACCGCCACACACUAGAAUCCCGAGGUAUCGGCCCCUGGAACAUCAAGGAUUGGGAAUUCCCGGUCUUGAGUAAACGCUUUGAGAAAUUUGCGACGAUAGGGACGCGUUCCGACAGUGAUAUACCGCUGGGUCAGAUCGUAGAUGAGGGUCAGGAUGUGUAUCACUCGGAGCCGUACAAUGGGGGGAAGUACUCAGAUUUGCCGAUUCAUACGCUUGGUACUGAGAUUGAACAGCAUCAUUUCCUAAGCGAUGAUAAAGGGAAGGCGAGUCGAACAUAG